UUAGAUACCUCUCCUCUCGACCAGAAAAUACUCAGAAUUUGGAGCAAGGUGUGGAGGAGCCGAACUGUGAAGAAAAUCCAACCAUUUUUGAUAAAAAGGUGUCAAUUUUAUGUUCGAUAUCUGUCAAAACCAAACCCGGCUUGGCAUUUUCCUCUCCCCCUCUCUCUCUCUCUCUCUAGAUCGAGCUGCCUCGGUCCCAUCGAUCAUACCAGAUUUGCCAGUACCGCUCUAAAACCACAUAAAUAAGCAAACUCGCACUCAAAACCGAGCGUACGAACUGUGGGUUUUGGAAGAGGGAGACUCGAGAAACAGAGAGAUGCUGAAGGUCUCCUGCAAUGUGAGCAAUGACCAGAUUCACGCCCUAGCCCAAUGCGCUUUUCUGGGUCGCUGUACAUCCACUCUCCGGAGAAACGACGCCAUUUGGUGCCGGCCACUUCGUAAACCUCCGGUUCUGGCCCGGGCUGUCUUGUCGGACCGGGGUGGAGCUUCCAGCGGGGUCUUGGGGUCGGACAGGAUGGUCGGAUCCGGGUCCGGGAGCCUGGCGGACCGGUUGAGGCUUGGAAGCUUGACGGAGGACCGGUUGUCUUAUAAGGAGAGGUUCAUAGUGAGGUGCUAUGAGGUUGGGAUUAACAAAACCGCUACAGUUGAAACCAUUGCCAAUCUUUUGCAGGAAGUUGGAUGCAACCAUGCUCAAAGUGUAGGAUUUUCCACAGAUGGUUUUGCAACGACCCCCACCAUGAGGAAAAUGCAUCUCAUAUGGGUGACUGCUCGCAUGCACAUUGAGAUCUACAGAUACCCAGCUUGGAGUGAUGUAGUUGAAAUUGAAACUUGGUGCCAAGGGGAUGGAAGAAUUGGAACUAGACGUGAUUGGAUAAUCAAGGACCAUGCUACUGAUCAAGUAAUUGGAAGGGCAACAAGCAAGUGGGUUAUGAUGAACCAAGAAACCAGACGACUUCAGAAAGUUAGCGAUGAUGUCCGGGAAGAGUAUUUAGUUUAUUGCCCACGUGAACUCAGAUUAGCAAUUCCAGAGGAGAAUAGUAGUAGCUUGAAAAAAAUACCAAAACUGGAAGAUCCUGCUCAAAAUUCUAAAGUGGGACUUGUGCCCAGAAGAGCUGAUCUGGACAUGAAUCAGCAUGUUAAUAAUGUCACCUACAUUGGAUGGGUUCUAGAGGGAUGGCCAUGUGAUAUUCCACAGAGCAUGCCACAAGAAGUCAUUGAUAGCCAUGAACUGCAAACUAUUACCCUAGAUUACAGACGGGAGUGCCAACAUGAUGACAUAGUUGAUUCACUUACCACUGUGGAACCAGUUGAGGAUGCUACAGCAGUUUCUGAGCUUCAAGGAAAAAAUGGGUCUGCUGAUGUAAAGGAAUACAAAGAAGAUUUGCCUCAGUUUUUACAUUUAUUAAGAUUGUCAGGAGAUGGGCUUGAAAUAAACAGAGGACGCACUGUGUGGAGAAAGAAACCUGCCAGAUGAUUUAAUUUGGUCGGCUCCAUCUUUUCUAGAUCUCAAAGUUUUUCAUGUUCUUUGGUCGUGUUUUCCUCUUUACUGCUCCAAAGGAAUUUUGCUCCAACAUUAUGCCCUUGUUAGGCGAUGGGUUUUAAAACUCAUUUCAUAAUGCAUAGAGAUUGCCAUGGUCUACUCCAAAUUAUUGGUUAGAUUGAGCAACACGAAGACGUGCUUAUGAUUAUUCAUGCACACUCGAACUCAAUGUAUCGAUUGUAUAUUUUAUGUCAACAUUUUCCUUUUACUUAAUUAUAAGCUCAAUAUUCCAAGUUUGUUAAA